CCGGCCGCGCCGCCAUUUUGGCCCCGUGGAGAGCCGAGUCCCUCGGAUGCGGUAGGGAGGGAGGAGGAGGAGGAAGGAAGGAAGGAGGGAGGGAGACGACGACGAGGAGGAGGAGGAGACGGAGGAGGAGAGGGCCGAAAGCCGAGAGCCGAGGCCGGGAGCCGAGGGGGGCAGCGCGACUCGAAAUGGCCAACAUCGCGGUGCAGCGGAUUAAGCGGGAGUUCAAAGAGGUCAUGAAGAGCGAGGAGACCAGCAAGAAUCAAAUAAAAGUAGAACUUGUAGAUGAGAACUUCACAGAAUUGAGAGGGGAGAUUGCGGGACCUCCAGACACGCCAUAUGAAGGAGGACGGUAUCAGCUAGAAAUAAAAAUUCCAGAAACGUAUCCAUUUAAUCCUCCAAAGGUUCGGUUUAUUACAAAAAUAUGGCAUCCAAAUAUCAGCUCAGUUACAGGAGCCAUUUGCUUGGAUAUUCUGAAAGAUCAAUGGGCAGCUGCUAUGACUCUAAGGACAGUUUUAUUAUCAUUACAAGCCUUACUGGCAGCUGCUGAACCAGAUGACCCGCAGGAUGCAGUAGUAGCACAACAGCACAAGCAAAAUCCAGAGAUGUUUAAACAGACAGCCAGGCUCUGGGCACAUGUUUACGCUGGAGCACCAGUUCCUAGCCCUGAGUACACCAGAAAAGUAGACAAACUGUGUGCUAUGGGCUUUGAUAAAAAUGCAGUAAUAGUGGCCUUGUCUUCACAAUCUUGGGACGUGGAGUGUGCAACAGAACGACUGCUUAGCAACUGAAGAAUUCUGGGAUUGCUUCUCCCAAAGGCCAGGCGCCCUUUCCCUUGACAAACACCUCUGCCCUUUUAUUUCUGGGUUCUGCAUAGAUUCCAAUUUAAGUAUCACUGUAAAAUGUGAUGAUGGCUAUAAACGAGACUGGAUUCGAUGCUCUGUAAAUAUAGCUCUCAAAAGAUCUGUGUAAAUUAAACGAGAGGGGAAACAAAGGGGAAAAAGUGAAGUACUUUUAAUUUCUUUCCUACUUGGCAUUGUAAGGAUCCUGAAUUUGAGUUGCAUUCAUCCCUGAAGAUGACAUACACCUGGUUUAGUGCAGUUUUAACAAGGUGACCAAGGGUCUCAAUUGCAUCAGCUGUUUUUGUUAAAGAAUGUGGUCUGCAUCUUAGAAAAAGGCUUUAUUUUUGAAUGUGUCAUGGCUGUUGAUGUAGCCAUUAUAUAUGGUAAUAAUGCUCCUGAUCAGGUUUUAUUUUCUGUUCAGUGAGAGGCUGCUUCACUAUUAUUUAAUUGUGUCAUUAAUGCACAUGGUCUUUUAUGACUUCAAAAAAACAUUUUAAUAGUACCUUAUCAUGUGAGGAUCCUUGAGUAUCCUACCAUGGUUACAUUGUUCUCUAGAAGCCUUUGCUGUGACACAAUCAAAAAGAGUUUAAAAGGCUAGUUUUUCUUGAACUGUUUGAGCUGUUAAGCAAUUCAAUAACUGCUUAAAGGUGGUUUAGAAUUGUUCAACAAGUGCUUCAAAACAUUCACUCUCUGCUUGUUUCACAUUUUCUAUAUUACACUUUGGAGGCUGUGGUGGCUGUACUCUUGCUGUAAAUAACUUAUAGCUCACAUAGAGAUAGAGGUUUGUUAUUGAUCAGAUGUUUGCACUCUGUUCAGUGUCUCUGAAAAUUCAUAAAUGGGAUAUUACUUUUAUCACCCUGUACAUAGAGCUAAGCUUUUUAUUCGUAUUAAAAUGGUAUUUCAUCUUAAAAGUUUACAUUAACAUUGGGGUCAUUUAAUACUGUGGUUGAUUUAUCAAACAUCUGCAAAGAUUAAUUGAAAAAAAGAAAGUGAUUUAUUCUUUGUUAGUAAACCUAUUGACAAUCAGUUAGUGUCAGUUACAAAUGCACGCUUUUCAAAUGUAGUGUGCGUAUUUAGUUUGAAGUGAUUAUUUCUCCAUGAGGAUAAACUACAUAAGGUUUGGAAGUGACAAGAUCUUUAAAACUCGGCUGAUUUUGGAUCUUAACUGCAUGCUUCUAAUUUAUUUCCCACACUAACUAGUUCUUUUGUUUGUGAUCAGAAAAGGCAUUUACUUGACUGAGAACCAGUAUGAGGUUUGUAUUUUUUUACUUUUAGGUUGUCAUUCAACCACGGAGAUAUGGUUUAAGAGCACAGGCUGCUGCCAAUGGGAAUUUGUGUUUUUCAUUACGCACAUUAAAAACAUUUGGAUUGAGAA